AUGCUCAAUGCACUGCAGCAGCAAACCGCAUGCACGCUGCAGCAGAUGCAGGAGCAGCAGCAACAGCUUGAUCAAUUAGACACCCAAAUACAGGCACUGACACAGCAGGUGCAGCAGCAGCAGCAGAAGCUGCAAGAGCAGCGCAGGGUUUCUGAAGAGCUCAUGCCGCAGCAACGAGACAUGCGCAACCGACUUGAUCUUGCGCAGGCAAGGAAGAAAACCUUAUAUAUGCCGGAGUACAAGAAGGGUACAAUGCAGCGCGACACAGCAGCAGCACUUCUUCCUCCGUUUGUUGCUAGAAAGGGGGAAAUCGCGUUGGAGCGGAAGGCGCUGAUAAAGGAAGCAGAGGGCCGUGCAAAGCAGGCGGGAAUGCUACGUGCUGAGAACGAAACCCUCUAUGGAUACAUAAAAGGCGACGUCUGCAAACCCUAA